GCCCCCUACAAAUCCCACGGCCGUGAAGUCCGCGAUGUCCAUGUCACCUUGUACCUUCUUAUUCCCACCCUCUCUUUAUAUCUGCUCUAGGAUGAAGCUUUCCAGUCUGUCAAUCGACAUCGUGGUACUGGGUACGUUAGCUGACCUGAAAACCAGCCUAUCAUGGAAUGCUGCAGUAGUCUUUUGAACAUCCACAGGGGAAUUAUGAAUGUUGUGAUUUAGGAGCACAAACAUAGGUAAGUUUAAGUAGAAGAAACAAAAUGAUCCUUUAACUCCUGUUUUUCUUAAUAGUGCCUUGUCCUAGAAGUUCACUGAUGCGAGUCCCGGGGAGCUGCGGCCGGUGGUCCUGGUGUUAUACUUGUAUGCAUUUUAAACAUGUUCCUGAAGUCCAUGUAUGAAUAUAGCUCUUCAUUAGAUGACGAGAGGAAAUUGAAAACGGACAACUCCAAGUUAUGUUCAUGCGGUGGGGAUCGACAGAUCUUUUACUGGGACGUGGCUACGGGACGUGUAAUUCGAAAAUUUCGGGGCCAUGAUGGGGAGGUAAAUGCUGUAAAGCUCAAUAAGCACGCAUCUGUUGUAGUUUCAGCUGGCUAUGAUCAAUCGUUGCGUGCUUUGGACUGCAGAUCCCACAGCACACCGAGCCGAUUCAGUGAUACUCCGACGCCCAUGUGGAUCGAGAAUUUUUGGCAUUUGCCAGUAGGGUAUGACGAAUAUUUGAUAGGAUCAAGUCAAUCACGUGCGAUAUACGAAUAAAGCAGGAAAAGAUUUGGAACUCGUAUAAACCAUAUGGUUGCUUACUUUUGGUUUUUGUUUUUAAAUGCUGAAUGCAACAGGAGGACGUGAAAUAUGGGAGGGGAAGGGUAUAAAAGUGCAGACAUAGAGGGAAGGCAUAUUUUGGAGGAGGAAUCAGAAUUUGUCCGAUCAUGGAUCGUUUGGGGCAUCGAGAAGGCAGAGGCCAUAUGCUAAUGUGCCUUCCCUCCCACAUGAUAUAUUGAUAUAAUAGGCAAACCACUCAAUUUCAGAUAUUUUUACGGAACCUGAAAAGACAAGAUACAGGACAGAGAAGCAAGCAACACCAAGUCACCGACACUUUGUUCCAAGCGGCACCACCCUACCUAAACAACAACAACAACGCAACAGAAGGGAUGAUGAUGUGCUCGGUUUUCGUACGUACACAGCGAGAAAGUUGGUUGGGACAUUAUGUCUUGUAAACAAAUGCUGAUAGAUCUUAAAUGCCCAUGCUUUGUAAAAGGUUAAGGAAGUCCGAGAUUUUUCGAUGGAUAGUAUUUAUCAAAA